UCAUUAAGUUUUAAAAUAUUUUCAAAAUUAAUAUAGUUUCAAGCAUUGUCUAUAAAAGAUAAGAAAUCGUAUAGUUGCUUGUACUCCUAACUAUUAAGCCAAUCAGCACAUGCAUAUGUUAUCGAGUUAUCGAUAAGAAUUAGAAGUAAAAAACAGUGUUGUCGCGUUACCUGCGAUCGGAAGUGUCUGAGAACUAUUUAUAAAUACACAGGAAUAGGAGCCAAAAAAUAAAUCUUUCGUAAUUAAGAAUCACAUCAGAAACUGUUAGAACGGCUUAUAAGUACGGUGUGUCAACGAUGAUGUCACCAAUAUAAUUAUGCGCAAGUCUCGACCACACUGCAUGUUCGCCGUACUAUAACUUUCAAUUCAUUAUAUAAUUAAACGAAUUCAAUGUGAAUGAAAAGACCAAAACAAAGAGAUCAAACUCUACAGGAAGUGUGUGUAAUUGAGGGCUACUACCAUAAACAAUGGUAACAAGGUAGCAUAUGCGUACGCGACGCAGGCAACAGAAACGGCAUCAACUGCAGCAACAUGAAAGUCGAUGGCGUUCUGGAUAAGGACGACAGCGAGAUAGCUAAUUCGGAGCUGACGAUAACAGCAGCAGCAACAAAAGCAACAGCAGCAGCGGCAGCACCAACAACAACAGCAGUAACGUCAGUAAAAGCAGCAUAUGAUGUUCGUUCUGCCAGCCAUGAAAACAUCUUUCUGGAUCGAUUCUUUGGCGCCUUCCAAUGGGAGGAGUUUGCAUGCGGUUGUGGUUCGGCUUUUGUCAACAUCUGCGUCACAUACCCCAUAUACAAACUAAUUUUUCGACAAAUGCUGCAUGGCGUACCAGUCAGCUCGGCGAUGUUGCAGCUACGUCACGAGGGUCUCGGAUUUCUCUAUCGCGGCAUGCUGCCACCAUUGGCACAAAAGACCAUAUCUUUGUCCAUAAUGUUUGGCGUUUUUGAUGGUACACGACGAUAUCUAGUCGAGGAUUAUCGCUUCAAUGAUUACGGCGCCAAGGUAAUUGCCGGCGUUGUCGCGGGCAGCGCCGAAUCAAUUUUAUUGCCAUUCGAACGCGUGCAGACGUUGUUGGCCGACUCGAAGUUCCAUCGCUACUUCUCCAAUACGCCGAAUGCGUUUAGAUAUGUUGUCACGAAUUAUGGUUUUCGGGAACUAUACAGAGGCAUUGAACCAGUAUUUUGGCGCAACGGCUUAUCGAACGCAUUGUUUUUCAUGCUGCGUGAGGAGGCUAGCGUUCGCCUACCGAAGAGGAAAUCGGUGUCGAGCAGAACUGCACAAGAAUUUAUAGCUGGUGCCGUGAUCGGUGCUAGUAUUAGCACAUUAUUUUAUCCUCUAAAUGUGAUUAAGGUGUCGCUGCAGAGCGAGAUGGGUCAAAUAACUGAGGGCAGUUGGCAUGCCUGCAAGAGGAUUUAUCGGGAGCGAGAGAGUCGAAUUGGCAACUUUUAUCGGGGCUGUGCAUUCAAUACGGGUCGCUCCUUCAUCAGCUGGGGCAUCAUGAAUACGGCAUACGAGAACCUCAAAAAGUUGAUGAGCCAGCGCGAGCUGCAGCCACAGUUGACGGCAAUGCAACGCUGAACUAUGUCUUACGUAUUACGUAAACUACAACUAUAACUAAUCUAGUUGAAUAAGCUUAAUGUAUACGUACACAAAUGUUUCCUUCUGCCCUUAACUAGCAAAUUUUUCGUUUUUAAGUCAUAUUUAAGUGGUUGUUCCUUAGCAUUGCGAGAGCCAAGUUUUUUUGGCCCGUCAAUAUAUGGAUUCAGCCCGCAGACCGAUAAAAGUUAGACCUUUCAUAUACCAUAUCCACACAUAAAUGUAUUUUUUUCGUUUUGGUAAUUGCAUGAUAGACUGUAAAAGCUGAACUUUGACUUUGGCUUUGAAAACCAACGAAAUUGCAACGGCAAUGGCCAAUAAUUUGUCAAAAAUUUGUCUGGCUAGGCGCGAGUACAAUAAAUGUGAGCAUUUAAUAAGCCCAAAAGAAAACAUAUUUAACUAGUUAAAUUAAAUAACUGUAUAUACAAAACAUUUUACGAUGUAACCGAAUUAUGUCUGUUAAUGUAUAUACGACUUGCGUGAUGUUUACGAAAUUAAUAAAUUUAUUCAAUGUA